UAAUAUGCAUGUAUGUAUGUAUAAAAGAAAAUUAUCAUCCGAAAAAAAGAUAUCGACGUGAUUAAACCCCGGAUUUAAACUAUUGAUGGUGAAAUAUUCCCGAGUUCAAACGCAUCAGGAAGAACUGCACACGGGGCUAUCAAAAUCACUCACUUCAUGCAUUUAAAUGGGCAUGGUCACGAUUUUGGUUAAUUUUUUUUCCGAGUUUAAUGUUUACAGUGCUUCAGUAAUGCUUUUAAAUAUUCAAUCAAAAUCUGAGUGUCAUUUGUUGAGUUAUAAGCGAGUUACAGAACUUACAAUUCUUAGCUAUGUAAGCUAAGCGUUUGUUUACAUUUUGAAUGUUGAAGUGAAAAAUCCAGUUUUAAACCCCAAAUAAAUGUGUUAAUCGUUAGGAACUGUUUAUUCAUGCUUAACAUGAAUAAGAAGAUAGACAAAUCAGCUUGAGAAAUAUUUUUACUGGUAAAUUGAACCUUUGUAAACAAAAACAGGGCACGAGCCUUGUUUACAUAACGAAGAAUUGUGCGCCCUUUAUCUUGCUUUAAACUCAUCAACUGGCACCCAAAUUUCAUUUGAUCAUUAGAAAUAUAUUUCUAAAGCAUAAUAAAAAACAGAAAAAUAAAAUUGGACCAAAAUCGCGACCAUGCCCCUUUAAUUAAGAGUUACGUCAUCUGCAUUUGAACCUGUUUUGACAUUGUAUUACUCGGAUUUCAAGUUAUUGUCAAAACCAAUUAACCCCAAACAGUUUUUCAUUAGUUAACCCGCGUUACUCUUGUCAUUCUCUGAAGAAAUCAGGCGGAUGUUGUUUAAACAGCAAAAUAUAAUAUCAUUAACAGAUGUUUUUACUUUCACUUUAAAUUCUAGCUAAACCAAAUGCUUCCUUGUUGGAAUUUCUCUAACAAGGAAACUCCUUCAUGACAACAUUUUAUAGCAGUAAGAUUUUUCCAACAAGGAGAACAUUGUUUGACUAUAGCGGUAAGGAGUGGGAACUCUUAUUCGGUAUACUUUGAAAACCUAAACAAUCGUGGCCCUGAUUUUGAUGUAUUCCCUCUCUCCAUUUAAAGGUUUAUAGAUCAAGGUCUUUUAUUGCUAUGGAAACGGAGUUAAGUCAUCGUGUUGAUCCUGUUAAUUUUACGAGGAAACGGAAAGGAUCAGGUGAAGAUGAAACACACCCUAGCCGUAAGAUGAGAUGCUUUCCUGGAGACGAAAUUAAAGACGAUGAACUCUUUCUUAGUCAUAAGAUAAAAAGCUAUCCUGAAGACAAAACUGAAGAAAAACCAUGCCCUAGUCUUAAAAUAGGUAGCUAUCCUGAAGAUAACAUUGAUGACGAUGAACCAUGCCCUAGUCGAAAGAUGGGAUGCCAUUCUCGAGACAGAAGUAAAAGUAGAACAGACAUACAUAAGGUAAAUGAAGACUUCGAAUUAAAACUCUCGACCAUAAAAUCGGUGUCUAAUUCUAACUACGAUAAUGAAACAAAACCAUCCGAUGAAAACAAAACCAUUCAGAACAAAGCAGAAUUAGCUUUAAACAAAGAUGUCACUGUACCAGCGGAUUCAGCUUUAACCUCUUGUAAUAUCAAAUCGACGAUUUCAGCUGAUGUGGAAGAAAUGGUCAGUGAAGGAAAUGACAAAGAAUUACCUAAAAAGGAAGCAAAAAUAGAGGAAAAAACCCAACAAGCGGAAUAUGUAUAUAGGUUACUACGCCCCAAUGAACUUUACAAGGAAGGUCUUCGUCCAAAAAACAUAGAUUCAAAAGCAAGCCUCCAUCAGCAUGUUGCAGCUGGAAGUAAAGGCGUACAUUCACGGUUUAUUUCAUGUUGCUUUACUCUGCGUGCUUUGCAUCGACUUGCACGCCUUACAAAUCAACCUUCGCUCUUACGUGAGGUAGUGCGUAUCAACGUUACAAAAUUGAACCGUGAUGAAGUUAAAGUGAUAGAGCUAUUUAUCGAGGACGUACGAAAAAAACAUUUAAAAGUAGGCUCCAAAGCCUGGGGAUUCGUCGAAAAAUUUGAUGAAGUAAUUUUAGAACCCAAAACGCAUGUCCCAGCAGAUUGCGUAGAAAGAAUAGGUAUUGUUAAAGACAACGUUUUUACGAAGGACGAACAUAUUACACUAUAAAUCUAUAUUGUACUAGAUGUGUCGAAAGUCACGUGUCUGUAUUUAUACGAUAUGACGUCUUAGUUAACUUUCACGUUACGAUCUACAUUCCUGUCGAUAGUUCUCAGGGAAUGUUUUUAACGUAAAAAGUGAAUUAUAUCAAACCAGUAAUGAAACCGCAUGUUUCCUUAACAUUGAUGCUGUCGUUAAUGCUAGACGUACAGAAUUCAUUCAUAUUAGAUGUAAGCUCGCGCAAGCGCGGGAAUUACCACUUUUCACAUUAUUGUGAUAUAAUGCUUAAUAUGUUGAACCAUAUUUUUUUUUUCAUUUUUGUAUAUACUUUAUCCGAGUUUUUCCUUAUCUUAAUCUUUACAAUUGAAAUUAACAACAAACUGUAUUGUUAGAUAUUUAGAGGAGCGGACAGGGAUGAAAAAUCCAUACUGAAAUGGAUGAUAUAUAAAUGUACGCCGUAAUCCUGUUUGUUGCAGCUGACUGAAAAAAACCUUUUUGUUGUAUUUAUUUCAAACCAGUGGAUAGGUAUUAGUGUAUAUCUCUCAAAAUUUGGUUCUUUGGGUCAAUUUCAAAUAUAAUUUCUAGUACUAUCCCAAAUAAGAAUUUCAGAUAAAGACUGUUUUGAAUAACAAUCUGGAGGGGGCAUCCCAAUUAAACUUCCCCGUUUUAUGCAUACAUCAUUUAUCCAUAUAGACGUAGAAUAUAAUAAUCUGUUUAUUACUGUUUACAAGUUUUAAAUGUCUAAGGUUUACAACCAAUCUAUCGUGGUAUAAAAAUAAAAGGUUAUGCAUUAUUAUCCAUUUGCAUGCAUAAUUUUUUAACCAAAGCUGUCAGAUUCAAACUAUCUGCCCAAUGGCUAACUCACCCUACACUUUCCAUCAUGUCAGUUAGUCAACCCAUUUCUAGGCAUAACGUUCUGGAAAGUUCUUUCCAUUAAUCCUAAGAUCGUAUUAGUUGUUCCACUAUAUUUAUCAACAUUUUGUAUUAAUCGAAGUCCGAUCCAAGGUAUCUGCCCGCGAUGCAUAAUGAACUCGUCUUACACUUUUCGUUAAUUAGUCAAUUCGCAUUCUUGGUUGCCCCGUUCUGGAAAGUUAUAUCCCAUUCUCUCACCUGGAGUCGUGCUUCGCAGGUGAAUGAGUAUCAAAACUUAAAUCGCCAACUAGAGGAACGAAUUGACUAAUUUUAUUUAUUCAACCUUCGUUAAAUUUUAACUUCUAUGUAUUCUAUAAAUAGGCUCACAGUAAAUAUAUUCACUCUUUACAUAAUCAUUCAAUAUAGUUUCAUUGUGCGCAGUAUAGUUAAGGUAACACACAGCUUAAAAUUACAGUGAAACUGGUGAUGACAUUUAAACACUUUAUUUCCCAUUUAGAUUUAAAAUUUUCUUUAUUCAUUAUAUUACGUUUAUAUCAUACAAGGUUCAAACUUUCUCGCCCACCAAUGUAGGUCAGUCACGUGACAGCUACUAGUCGCAGUGACCCAUUUUAAAGGAAAAUUUACACGGACACUUUUAGAACAAAAAGACAAGGGCAGGCUAAAUACGCAGGAACUACUUUUAAACAUAUUUUAUUCGAAAUGCCUCAACGAUUUAGAAAACCAAUGCUCAUUCAAUGUGAAUGCCACAUAUUUUUCAUUAAUCCCGAGUAAAUAGAAAAAGAUUUGAAAAAGUACAGCUAUUUUCAACUUUAGCUGUAAAAUUUAGAUUAUACAGGAAAUUCUCAACAAAUGAGCAUCCCUUUUCUGAUUAACGGUAUUAAGCUGUAACUCUACAUACCAAGUUUAACUCGAUCCAUUAACGCCUUGCCCUUG